AUGCCCACCCCAGCGCAGGCCUCCUGGCUGCUGCUGCCGCCACUGCUGCUGCUGCUCACCCUGCGGGCUACAGGCUCACAGGCUGUCUUCUGCUUCACCGAGUAUGAGGAGUCCUCAGGCAAGUGCAAGAACCUCCUGGGUGGAGGUGUGGGUGUGCAAGACUGCUGUCUCAACGCUGCCUAUGCCUUCCAGGAGCCUGACAGUAAGCUCUGUCAGCCGUGCAGGUCCCCGCAGUGGUCACCCUGGUCCAGCUGGAGCCCCUGCUCAGUGACCUGCACUGAGGGCUCCCAGCUGCGGCACCGGCGCUGCGUAGGCUGGGGGGGCCAGUGCCCCGAGAAGGUGCAGCCUGGGACCCUGGAGUGGCAGCUGCAGGCCUGCGAGGACCAGCUGUGCUGUCCUGAGAUGGGCGGCUGGUCCAACUGGGGGCCCUGGACACCGUGCUCUGUUACCUGCGCCAAAGGGACCCGCACCCGCCAUCGGAAAUGUGAUGAGCCCGCCCCCAAGUGUGGGGGCUUAUGCCCGGGAGAGGCGCAGGAGUCGGAGGCCUGUGACACGAAGCAGGUCUGCCCCACACAUGGGGCCUGGGCUGCUUGGGGGCCCUGGGGCCCCUGCUCAGGCUCCUGCCAUGGCGGCCCCAAUGCCCCUGUGGAAAGACGGAGCCGCACGUGUACCGCACCUGAGCCCUCCGCAAGGCCUCCUGGGAAUCCGUGCCCAGGGACAGCAUACGAGCAGCGGGCCUGCAGCGGCCUGCCGCCCUGCCCAGUGGCUGGAGGCUGGGGGCCAUGGGGCCCAGUGACUCCCUGCCCGGUGACCUGUGGCCUGGGCCAGACCUUGGAACGGCGGGCAUGUGAUCACCCUGUGCCCAAGCACGGGGGCCCCUUCUGUGCCGGUGACGCCACGCGGACCCACAUCUGCAACACGGCCAGGGAAUGCCCUGUGAAUGGAGCGUGGGGGCCGUGGGGGGAAUGGAGCAAGUGCAUACGCCCGAAGAUAUCACAAAUCAGAUGUCAGGAGAUCCAAGGCUCGCAGUCACGCGACAGGGACUGCCUCGGCCGCAAGUUAACUGGACUUCGCUGUCCCGGGCAUUAUCAGGAUAUCCGGUACUGCUACGACAUCCAGCGCUGCUUGUUUGAAGGCUCUUGGUCAGAGUGGAGUACCUGGGGGCUGUGCACGCCCCCGUGUGGACCCAACCCCACCCGCAGCCGCAAGCGCCUCUGCACACCCCAUCUUCCCAACUUCGCGCCCACCAUUACCAUCGUGGAAGGUCAAGGUGAGAAGAACGUGUCCUUCUGGGGGACACCAUUGGCAAAGUGCGAGCCGCUACAGGGGCAGAGGUUGGUGGUGGAGGAAGAGAAGCCAUGUCUACACGUGCCUGCCUGCAAUGACCCUGAAGAUGAGAAGCUCUAA